GAAAAGUUUUAGUCAGUUCAAGUUCCUUCCUUAAAUUUAUUUUUAUUCUAGGCACUGAGUGAUCAAGAUGUCUAUAAUAAAUCAAGUUAAAAUAAAUUGAAUCUCCAUUAAACACAGCUGAUCUCAAAGAUUUAUGAAAAUCUAUUUAAUUUAAGUGACAAUUAGUGACGGAAAUAAGUUUUUUAAGCAUCAAAGAAGUGAUCCUUUUCGUGAGAAUUUAAACAAAGUGUAAAAAGAUUUUUAUUAAUUAAAAUUGACGGAACUAGAUAUAUCUAACCAUGCCACAGGAAUUUCAAUCGUCCGUGCGAACAUACAAAUAUCCUUUCGAGUUGGUGAUGAAGGCUUACGAGCGUCGUUUUCCAACUUGUCCCGAAUUCAUGCCGAUUGUAAUGGAAACGAUCAUAAUAGAAGAUGAAAGUGAUGGGCCAAGACGACGAACCAAGAGACGCUGUAGAUUACGGGUUGAGGCCCCUUACAUAUUCAAAAAGAUUAUUGGAAUUGAAUCUGCAUUAUUUAUACAAGAGAACUUUCUCGACUUUAAGGAACGAAAGCUUACAAUUGAGGCAACUAACGAGACAUUCUCGUCACGUAUAAAGAUAUUUGAAAAAUGCCGCUAUUACGUCCAUCCUGACAAUGAAAAUUGGACUUGCUUUGAUCAAAGUGCCAAUAUUGAGAUUACAAAUUUCUUUGGAUUCGAGCAUCAAAUGGAGAAAGUGGGCAUGAAACAAUACACACAAAUGACACUGAAGGGAAAAGAAAUAAUUGAGCAUUUUGUGAACGAUUUGAAAGAAGAAGGAAUAACACAUGUUGACAAAUGGAUUGACCUCGAAGGAACUGAAAUCGAAUGCAGUAGCAAGAAAGAUGAAUCGAAUGAAACAAGCGAGUUAAUUAAAGAACAACAGAGAUUGAAUGCUGAUUAUAUUAAAAAUCAUCUCGGUGAACUCAGUCCACUACAAGAAUCAAGACUACUUCAAAUGCGUAAAAAAUUGGAAGAUCAACAUCUUGAUAAAGUAAGACGUCCAGCUGCGUCACCAACAAAGAAUGAGGAUGUCAUGUCAAUCUUUACUCCAUCAUUAAAUCGAUCUUGA